CUCCAAAACAAACCCAGAUCUAGGUUUUUCUCAAACCCAGAUCUGGGUUUGUCUCAAGCCCUGAUCUGGGUUUGUUUGAAGCCCACCCUUUAGCCCCCCUCAAUCACCUAGCAGAAUUCGUAAAAAUCACCAAGACAUGAAGGAAGAGGCGACGUACGACGAGAUACCGAGCGAGAUACCGGUUGCAUCAGUGUGUCCUCCGCCUCCAAAGAAGAAGCCGUUUUUGUUCAGGAAGAAGAGGGAGCCACCGAAGGACAGACAUUUCCAGCCACCUGAUUUGGAGUUGUUCUUCUCAAUCAACCAGGUUCCUUGCAACAUUGCCAGCAACAUCAAUACUGAAUUUGGUGCUCGACAUUGAUCUUCAGUUAGCUAAUUACCAACCCUGAAAUUAGCAUUCCUUAAGGUUUUUAAUCUGCGGAUUGACUCUUUUUGGGAUAAGGUCUCAACAAGAAUUAAUGUGCAUAUUUACAUUGAUCUUUUUGUUUUUUUGUGUGCAUAUAUUAGUAUGGAAGAAGCUCUGAUGUUAUAUAAUAUUACUAUUAAUGGCCAAUGUAUGUAUGUAUUUUGGCUCUGUGGAUUUAUGGGAUGAACUUUUUAGCAUAUGAUAAGGUUAAAACAAACCCAGAUCUAGGUU